CGCAUGCGCAGAGGCGAUUUGGCGCCAUCACGCUCGCUCGCCGGGUCCGCUUCCCUCUCCGCCUUUCCUCCCCAUUUUCGCUCUCCAAAAUGACCGACAAGGAAGCCGCCAAGGUAGGGGAUGGUGGUGGGCCUGCGCCUGUGUGUGCGGUUCCCGACCUCCCGACGACAGUGGCGGUGGCUGAGGUUACACCUGUGACCCGCCUGCAAGAUACCUUUGAUGAUGCAGUAGAGGAGAGAGUCAUCAAUGAGGAGUACAAGAUAUGGAAGAAAAAUACUCCCUUUUUGUACGACCUGGUGAUGACCCAUGCCUUGGAAUGGCCCUCCCUCACUGCCCAGUGGCUGCCCGAUGUUACAAGACCUGAUGGCAAAGACUUCAGCAUUCACCGACUGAUACUAGGAACACACACAAGUGAUGAACAAAACCAUCUCCUUAUUGCCUCAGUUCAGCUGCCAAAUGAAGAUGCCCAGUUUGAUGCCUCUCACUAUGACAACGAAAAAGGAGAGUUUGGUGGCUUUGGUUCAGUCAGUGGAAAGAUUGAAAUUGAAAUUAAAAUCAACCAUGAGGGAGAAGUAAACCGCGCUCGUUACAUGCCUCAGAAUCCAUGCGUCAUAGCCACCAAAACCCCUUCAAGUGAUGUCCUCGUCUUUGACUACACAAAGCAUCCAUCAAAACCAGAUCCAUCUGGGGAGUGUCAUCCAGACCUAAGGUUACGUGGCCAUCAGAAGGAAGGAUAUGGUCUGUCUUGGAAUCCUAAUCUGAAUGGGUAUCUCUUGAGUGCAUCAGAUGAUCACACUAUCUGUUUGUGGGACAUUAAUGCAACUCCAAAGGAAAACAGAAUAAUUGAUGCAAAAACAAUAUUCACAGGCCACACUGCUGUAGUUGAGGAUGUUGCCUGGCACCUCUUGCACGAGUCCCUCUUUGGUUCUGUGGCUGACGAUCAAAAGCUCAUGAUCUGGGACACUCGUGCAAACAACACUAACAAACCAUCACACACAGUUGAUGCCCAUACAGCGGAGGUGAACUGCCUCUCCUUCAAUCCCUACUCCGAAUUUAUUCUUGCCACUGGAAGUGCAGACAAGACGGUCGCUCUGUGGGAUUUACGUAAUCUGAGCUUGAAGCUUCACUCGUUUGCCAUGCACAAGGACGAAAUCUUCCAGACAGUUGCCUUGUGGGACCUGCGCAACCUCAAGCUGAAACUCCACUCAUUUGAGUCGCACAAAGAUGAGGUCUUCCAGGUUCAGUGGUCACCUCACAACGAGACGAUUCUGGCAAGUUCAGGCACAGACCGUCGCUUGCAUGUGUGGGAUCUUAGCAAGAUUGGUGAGGAGCAGAGUGCUGAGGAUGCUGAAGAUGGACCGCCUGAAUUAUUGUUCAUCCACGGAGGCCACACUGCCAAGAUCUCUGACUUCUCCUGGAACCCCAAUGAACCAUGGGUUAUCUGUUCUGUUAGUGAAGACAAUAUCAUGCAGGUGUGGCAGAUGGCAGAAAACAUCUACAAUGAUGAAGAACCAGAAACUCCAGCCUCUGAGCUUGAAUCUGCAGCAUCUUAAGGUUGUCUCAGUAAUCUCCAUUACAUUAAGAUUUCUCUCCUUUUGCCCAUUGAUGUGUUGCUCUUAACUGUGAUUUGAUGUGACAUUUGCCAUUAAAUCUCGAUGCGGUUUUUAAAACACAUAAUAAUGAGCAAUUAUAAUGCAACACUUUUUAUGUUUCUCCCAUAGGGAGUCUGUAAAUGAUUAGGUUAGGUUUUGUUUUUAAGACUGUGUAGUCUUUGUUAGUGGAAAUUUAUAUCAAAUGUGAAGUUCAUGAUUUUUUUAUAUAUAUAUCAUUCCAGACCAUGUAUAAACUUUCCAGGAGAAGUAAUAUGAGUGCUGCAAUUAUUAUUUAAAAUUGUGAUUCUUAAUAAAACCAGUUUAUGUGUAAA